AUGACAAUGUUUACUGUCGAAUCUGGCAAAGCUGCAAAUAUUCAUGAAACUGCUCCAAGAAGAAGCAUUGAAGCAAAAGAUGGCCUUUACUAUAGGCCAAAGGGUAUGGAAUGUUCAACCGUUUACGAAUUCGCCAUAGAAAGAUUUAACCAACUAGCAGAACGUAACGCUUUGGGUUGGCGUGAUGUCAUCGAUAUUCAUAAAGAAACAAAAUCUAUCAAACGUAAAAUCAAUGGUGAAUUCAAAAAUGUUGAUAAGACCUGGUUAUUUUAUGAGUUGUCUUCAUACAAAUAUACUACUUAUUCCGAAUUGAUCGAUGUUAUGCAUCAUAUAGGUGCAGGUUUGAGAGAAAUUGGUUUAACUCACGACAAUGAUGAUAAAUUACACAUUUACGCUUCAACUUCACAUAAAUGGAUGAAAAUGUAUUUAGGUGCUCAAGCACAAGCUAUUCCAGUCGUAACCGCUUAUGACACCUUGGGUGAAUCAGGUUUAAUCCACUCAAUUGCCCAAACUGAAUCAAAAGCUAUCUUCACUGAUAAUGCACUUUUACAUACUUUGAUCAAUCCUGUACAAAAAUGUAACUCAGUUAAAGCAAUUAUUCAUGCAGAUUUCGUUACUGAAAAAGACAAAAGACAAGGUGGUGAAUUAUAUGCUAAUGCCAAAAAUGCAAUCGAUGAGAUUAAAAAAGUCAGACCUGACAUUAAAUUUUAUUCCUUCGAUGAAUUAAUUGAAAUCGGUCAAAAAUCAAAAGAUAUUAAACCAAUUUUACCAACACCUGAUGAUUUAUCCUGUAUCAUGUACACUUCAGGUUCUACUGGUGAUCCAAAGGGUGUCGUAUUGAAACAUUCAACUAUCGUUGCUGCUGUAGGUGGUAUUGGUAUUAAUACUUCUUUCAUCCAAGAAGGUGAAAGAUUAAUCGCUUUCUUACCUUUAGCUCAUAUCUUCGAAUUGGCUUUCGAAUUAAUCACUUUGUUAGCUGGUGGUACUUUGGGUUACGCUACUGUUAAAACUUUAACUAAUGCUUCAGUUCGUAACUGUAAGGGUGAUAUGGCAGAAUAUAAACCACAUGUUAUGGUAGGUGUCGCUGCUGUUUGGGAAAACAUUAAAAAAGGUAUCAUUGCCCAAAUUAAUAGCUUAUCUCCAUUACAACAAAAAGUAUUUUGGGCUGCUUAUUACGCAAAAUUGACAAUGUCAAAUUAUCAUAUUCCAGGUAGUAACAUCUUAGGUAAUUUAAUCUUCAAAAAGAUUAAGCAAGCUACUGGUGGUCAUUUGAAAUAUAUGUUAAAUGGUGGUGGACCAUUGUCAUUAGAUACUCAAGUAUUUAUUUCAAACUUGAUUUGUCCAAUGUUAAUCGGUUAUGGUCUAACUGAAACUGUCGCUACUGGUACAGUCUUAAAACCAGCAAAUUUUGAAUUUGGUGUAGCAGGUAAUUUAGUCUGUUGUUUGGAUUGUAAAUUGGUGGAUGUUGAAGAAUUGGGAUACUUGGCUAAAAAUGAUCAAGGUGAAGUAUUAUUAAAGGGUCCUUCCAUCACUCCAGAAUAUUAUAAAAAUAAAGAAGAAACUGAUGCUGCAUUCACUGAAGAUGGCUGGUUUAGAACCGGUGAUAUUGGUCAAUGGAUGCCAAAUGGUCAUUUAAAGAUUAUUGAUAGAAAGAAAAAUUUGGUUAAAACUUUGAAUGGUGAAUACAUUGCAUUGGAAAAAUUAGAAUCUAUUUACAGAUCAAACAAAUAUAUUGCAAACAUCUGUGUAUAUGCAGACAUUACCAAGGUUAAACCAAUAGGUAUCAUCGUUCCAAAUUUAACUAAUUUGAAGCCUCUAGCUAUAGAAUUAGGCUUAUCUAAGACUGGUGAUGAUAUCGAUCAACUAAUACAUAAUAAAGAUUUGAUCUAUGGAGCUUUCAAUGAUAUCUUGAAGACUGGUAAAGAACAAGGUCUAGUUGGUAUUGAAUUAUUACAAGGUAUUGUCUUCGUAGAUGAAGAAUGGACUCCACAAAAUGGUUACGUCACAUCUGCCCAAAAGCUAAAGAGAAAAGAUAUCUUAAAAGCUGUCCAAAAAGAUGUCGAUGAAGUCUACGCUAGCAGCAGUUAG